GUUAAGGGGUCACCUGCUGUACCAACGGAGCCAGCCAGGUAUAAGAGCCACCCACCACCUGCCGCCCGCCAUCAUUGCCUGCUUUGCAUCUCUUCUCACUGGACAAGCCACCAGCCCAGCCUCUCAAGAUGGCCUAUAUCCCUGCACCUGGCUACCAGCCCACUUACAAUCCGACUCUGCCCUACAACCAGCCCAUCCCGGGUGGUCUCAGUGUGGGAAUGUCUGUGUACAUCCAAGGAGUGGCCAGCGAGCACAUGAAGAGGUUCUCCGUGAACUUCGUGGUGGGGCAGCACUGUGGAGCGGACAUUGCCUUCCACUUCAAUCCCCGCUUUGAUGGCUGGGACAAGGUGGUCUUCAACUCGCAACAGGGCGGCAAGUGGGGCAGCGAGGAGAAGAAGCGGAGCAUGCCCUUCCGCAAGGGCGCGGCCUUCGAGCUGGUGUUCAUGGUCCAGGCGGAGCACUACAAGGUGGUGGUAAAUGGAAAUCCCUUCUACGAGUUCGGGCACCGGCUGCCCCUACAGAUGGUCACUCACCUGCAAGUGGAUGGGGAUGUGGAGCUUCAAUCAAUCAACUUCAUCGGUGGCAACCCGCGCCCAGGCCAGACAUCCACGGGAACUCCAGUGUACCCAACCAUGGAGGGACCCCCAAUCUUCAACCCGCCUGUGCCAUUUAGGAAGAGUUUGCAAGGAGGUCUUACAGCCCGAAGAACCAUCAUAAUCAAGGGCUCCAUACCCCCCAUGGGCAAGAGCUUUGUCAUCAACUUCAUGGUGGGAUCCUCAGGGGACCUGGCUCUGCACAUUAACCCUCGUCUGACCGAGGGUCUCGUGAUUCGGAACAGCUAUCUGAAUGGUUCAUGGGGGUCCGAGGACAGGAAGAUCUCCUACAACCCAUUUGGUCCUGGGCAAUUCUUUGAUCUGUCCAUUCGCUGUGGCAUAGAUCGUUUCAAGGUGUACGCCAACAGCCAGCACCUCUUCGACUUUUCCCAUCGCCUUUCGGCCUUCCAGAAUGUGGACGUGCUGGAGAUCCAGGGUGAUAUCACCUUGUCCUAUGUCCAAGUCUGAUCUACUCCCAGGGCCACAACUCUUGGGAAUACAGAGGGAAAGGUCCCACAGGACUCCCUUCUAAGCCCCUAAUAAAAUGCCUGUGGGUGUCUCA